AUCCAUCUUCGGCAGGAGAUACGAGAUGUAUGGGAUGUGUUUCCAUGCAUUUUGUGUGGGAUUUGCCAACGGUCUUUGUCAACAUGGAAUAGACAAUCAAAAUAAAGGUCUGUUCCACGUUGAAGACCUCAUACGCACCGUGAGGCAGGCAGAGCAGACGCUCUGCUUUGUUUGUGGCCAGCGCGGGGCCACCAUCACCUGCGCGGAGACGGGCUGCGACCGCAGCUUCCAUUUCCCCUGCGCCAACGAGGGUCAAUGCGUCACCCAGCACUUUGACCGACACUGGUAAGGGCUGCCAGGCA